UCCCGCUGUAGGUUCUUGUGUCACGAGCCUUAUCCGAGCCGCGGUGGAGGCUGGAGAAUUAACACGGGACAUCUGAUUUAGCACGUUUAACCUGCGCAGGUGUUAACCUUCAUAUCGAUGUUCGGCAGGUAACUCUGUCCGCGGACUGUUUCCGGUCUCACGGUGAUGAAUUACAACGUUUGAAUGAUAGCGCUAGCCAGCUAGCUAGCUAGCUGUUGAGCUAGCUUUACGGUGCGUGACUCGGAGUAACUCAAACGAUAAAAUACCGGACAUUAUUUCCACUAACGCAUCAACCUGAGCGGAUUCCUUCUAGAAACAUCCACGCAGCGUGUCUGUGAACCCGAAGCUACUCAGUGCUGGAGGUGUUAGCGCGUAGCUGCUAAUCCUAGCCUGAUAAGGAUUGAAUGAAAUAACGUUAGCUUGUCAUAGCAGCGGAAACGAGCCAGUUAACGGGACAACUUACCGAGUAACCCUAACCCGAGAUACCGACACCAGCUAAUCUAGUACAGGCUAACCGAGCUAGCCACCCACUGACUCACCGAGCUAACGGUCACUCAGUCCGCUUCAUCCGGCUGAAGAGAGCUGCUACACGGCAGGGCGGCCCUCAGCAGCCCGGGGAGAGAGGCUGACCACCGGGCCACCUUACCGGAUCUAACCGAGCAGAGAGGCUGACCACCGGGCCACCUUACCGGAUCUAACCGAGCAGAGAGGCUGACCACCGGGCCACCUUACCGGAUCUAACCGAGCUGAAACCACCGAUCCGCCAACAUGCCGGCUGUGUCGAAGGGAGACGGAAUGCGCGGCUUGGCCGUGUUCAUCUCGGACAUCAGAAACUGUAAGAGCAAGGAAGCAGAAAUCAAACGGAUCAAUAAAGAGCUGGCAAACAUCCGCUCCAAGUUUAAAGGAGACAAAGCUCUGGAUGGGUACAGCAAGAAGAAAUACGUCUGCAAGCUGCUCUUCAUCUUCCUGCUGGGACACGACAUCGACUUUGGACACAUGGAGGCCGUCAACCUGCUCAGCUCCAACAAGUACACGGAGAAGCAGAUCGGUUACCUGUUCAUCUCAGUGCUGGUAAACAGCAACAGCGAGCUGAUCCGUCUGAUCAAUAACGCCAUCAAGAAUGACCUGUCAAGCCGUAACCCCACCUUCAUGUGCCUGGCCCUUCACUGCAUCGCCAAUGUGGGGAGCCGUGAGAUGGCUGAGGCCUUCGCCAGCGAGAUCCCCCGGAUCCUGGUGGCUGGGGAUACCAUGGACAGCGUGAAGCAGUCGGCCGCUCUGUGUCUGCUGAGGCUCUACAAGACGUCUCCUGACCUCGUACUGAUGGGGGAGUGGACGUCCCGCGUGGUUCACCUGCUCAACGACCAGCACAUGGGGGUGGUGACAGCAGCCAUCUCUCUCAUCACGUGUCUGAGCCAGAAGAAUCCGGAUGAGUUUAAGACCUGCGUGUCCCUGGCCGUGUCCCGACUCAGCAGGAUCGUGUCGUCGGCCUCCACUGACCUGCAGGAUUACACCUACUACUUCGUCCCUGCACCGUGGCUCUCCUGCAAGCUGCUGCGCCUGCUGCAGUGCUACCCUCCGCCAGAAGAUGGCGCUGUGAAAGGCCGUCUGGUGGAGUGUCUGGAGACUAUCCUAAAUAAGGCCCAGGAGCCCCCCAAGUCCAAGAAGGUUCAGCACUCCAAUGCCAAGAACGCCAUCCUGUUUGAGGCGAUCUCUCUCAUCAUCCACUACGACAGCGAGCCCAACCUGCUGGUGCGAGCGUGUAACCAGCUGGGCCAGUUCUUGCAGCACAGAGAGACUAAUCUGCGGUACCUGGCCCUGGAGAGCAUGUGCACUCUGGCCAGCUCCGAGUUUUCCCACGAAGCAGUCAAGACGCACAUCGAGACCGUCAUCAACGCCCUCAAGACCGAGAGGGACGUGAGCGUUCGACAGAGAGCGGCCGACCUGCUGUACGCCAUGUGUGACCGCAGCAACGCCAAGCAGAUCGUAGCGGAGAUGCUGAGCUACCUGGAGACAGCAGACUACUCCAUCAGAGAGGAGAUGGUGCUGAAGGUCGCCAUCCUCGCAGAGAAGUAUGCCGUGGAUUACUCCUGGUACGUGGACACCAUCCUGAACCUCAUCCGCAUCGCUGGAGACUACGUCAGCGAGGAGGUUUGGUACCGUGUCAUUCAGAUCGUCAUCAACCGAGACGACGUGCAGGGCUACGCCGCCAAGACGGUCUUUGAGGCCUUGCAGGCUCCGGCCUGCCAUGAGAACAUGGUGAAGGUCGGAGGUUAUAUCCUGGGAGAGUUUGGAAACCUUAUUGCUGGUGACCCUCGGUCCAGCCCUCUGGUCCAGUUUAACCUUCUUCAUUCCAAGUUCCACCUGUGCUCGGUGCCGACCCGUGCCCUGCUGCUGUCCGCCUACAUCAAGUUCAUCAACCUGUUCCCAGAGACCAAGGCCACCAUCCAGGAGGUUCUGCGCUGCGACAGCCAGAUCCGAAACUCAGACGUGGAGCUGCAGCAGAGAGCCGUGGAGUACCUGAAGCUGUCCUCCAUCGCCAGCACCGACGUCCUGGCCACCGUCCUGGAGGAGAUGCCGCCCUUCCCAGAGAGGGAGUCGUCCAUCCUGGCUAAACUGAAGAAGAAGAAGGGCCCAGGAGCCGUCUCCGUGACAGAGCUGGAGGACAACAAGAGGGAGGGCGGGGAGCUGAAUGGAGGGGCCGACCGGGGGCCCGACACUUCAGCCAUGGCGGCCUCCAACGCGUCCACCCCGUCUCCGUCUGCAGACCUCCUGGGGAUCCGUUCUGCUGCUCCUGUCGGUGCUGCUCCAGCCAGCGCUGGCAGCCUAUUGGUGGAUGUGUUCUCUGAGGCGGGGCCUGCGGCGCCCUCUGCUGCUGUGAACGAUGACGGCUUCCUCAGAGAUCUGGAACAGCCCACCGAGACCUCUGACUCCCUAUUGGUGGAGGGUUCUGGUGACUCGGACUCUGCUCCUCCCUCUGAGGAUCCUGCUGCUCCUCUGCCUGAGGCAGAUGAACUUCUCAACAAGUUUGUGUGCAAGAACAAUGGCGUUCUGUUUGAGAAUCAGCUGCUACAGAUCGGCAUCAAGUCAGAGUACCGCCAGAACCUGGGGAGGAUGUACUUAUUCUACGGCAACAAGACAUCAGUGCAGUUCGCCAGCUUCACCACCACAGUCAGCUGUCCUGGAGAACUGCAGUCUCAGCUCAACGUUCAAAGCAAACCAGUAGAGCCGCUGGUGGAGGGCGGAGCUCAGAUCCAACAGGUGCUCAACAUCGAGUGUCUGUCCGACUUCUCUGAGGCCCCGCUGCUCAACAUCAAGUUCAGAUAUGGAGGAGCUCUGCAGAAUCUGACCCUGAAGCUGCCUGUCACCAUCAACAAGUUCUUCCAGCCCACUGAGAUGAACUCACAGGACUUUUUCCAGCGCUGGAAACAGCUCAGCCAGCCUCAACAAGAAGCACAGAAGAUCUUUAAGGCCAAUCACAGCAUGGACACUGAAGUCCUGAAGGCUAAGCUGCUGGGACUGGGAUCGGCCCUGCUGGACAACGUUGAUCCAAACCCAGAGAACUACGUGUGUGCAGGUGUGAUCCAGACUAAAGGCCAACAGGUGGGCUGUCUGCUGAGACUGGAGCCCAACAAGCAGGCACAGAUGUACCGUCUGACUCUGCGCUGCAGUAAGGACUCAGUCUCCAGACGUCUCUGCGAGCUGCUGGCCGAACAGUUUUAGAGCCCACACCACCUGGACCACAGCUCCCAUCAUCCCCACCAGCCGGCUGUCCCUGCCCCGCCCCCUCCUCCUCCUCCUCCAAUGAAGAGUCUCUGAGUAAACAGUUGUAACCUCCAUAAGGGAAAGCAGCCACUGCUGCAGCAGUGUCCAUCUUCUGUCAUUCUUCUGAUCCUGGUUUAUUAACAUGAUGCUUCGUUCUGUUUCUGUUGGUGUUUACCUGUGUAGCUGCUGGCCACCAGCCUGUGAGCGUGGGCUAAGAGUGUGAGUGUGAGCGCCUCGUGGUCGUCCUGGGGUCUCAUCCUGCCCACCCUGUAGCGCCCAUCAUAGAAACACGACCACAACAUUUCAUGAAGAAACAUUCCUCUUAAAGGGACGAAGAAGCUGGUUAUGAAACGCACACGAUCACGAAGGUCCAGCUCACCGUCUUUAUCCAAUAACAUUCCCAGAGAACAGCUGAAGCCCCGCCCCCUUCACCUUAACAUUUCCUCCACAGUGGCCCGCCUCUCCCUGAUCCAACCUUGUUAUUGUCAUGUGAUUGUGUAAAUAUGUGCUGCUGUUUAUUAUCCAAGACAUUCCCAUCAUCACGCUGGUUUAAGGGCGGCGCCAUGCGUGGACGGGGUGACGCUGAAAAGACGGCGUUUGAUCAUUUUGUCUUUAAUUAUCAAAUAUCACAGAUAAACUCUGGAACACGGUCCAGAUCAAACCGAAGAUGUCGGCAACCUCUGGAAAGGUGGAUCAACCUGGAGAUGAGCCACGUCUCCGCCUUCAGCGUCUCUUCCUCAGGUUGCCAACAUGUUUGUGUUCGAAGUGGUUGCUCUCUGGGUGGGAUCAUAAAUGCUGACAUGCGUAUUCUCACGUUCACUGGUGUAGUCUCUCCUUUUAAACUGGAACAUUUCACAGCUGUCUGAGGACCUUUUCACUUUGGAAGAGCCUCGCAGCAACAGCACGUGUUUUUGGUUGAUUUUUCGUCUUUUCCUCUGAAAGAUUCAGGAUGUGUUAGUCUCAGAAGCUUCCUAAAGUUCCUCUGCUACAUUUCUCUCUGCAGGUUUGGUCAGAAAAAUCUGCUGACUAUAAAAAGGCACAGCUGUAGUUGGUAUCAUGCUCAGAUUUAGCACUUAUUCAUGCAUCAGAACGUUAUUCAAAUGCUGCAGAGCGAUUAUCAGAGGCCAGAGCACUGAGACUGUCCCUCCCUGCUUCCUCACAGCAUCAUCGUCUUCCUCUGACAUCACACUAAAACGCUGGUAGACUCAGACACUAACGUAUGUAUAUCUAAUGGGGUAGAAGUUUGCACAUCUUAAAAAAUGAGGGAAACCUUUGUCAUCAUCAGUCAUUUCACUGCAACCUGAUCAUCAGCAUCUAAAAAGACGACUGACAGUCAAAUCUGGAGGGGCGCAGGAUGAUAAAGUCAGAUUUAAGAAGUCAGGAGUUCUGCAGGUUUGUCAGGAUACAGAAUUUUAAAAGUAAUCAGUAAAACAACCGUCUCUUUAAGAAACUCAAGCUGAGGAUUUCCUGCUCUCAUAUCCUGUAACACGACCAAACCGUUCUAGUAAUGCCAGGAUCCUCUCCUGAUUGGUUCAGUCUUUUAACCGCUGAUCGAUCAGAAACGGUGAAUUAUCAGAACAUGCUGACAGCAGAGGGGGCGGGGCAGGAUGUCAGACACCCACAUGUCCGAAACGACCACGAUGGACUGAGCGUGUGCGUGAGCAUGUGGCUGUGAGCGUGAGCAGGUAAUAAUGAAUUAAAAAGAAGCCUCCAGACAUUUCUAACCCGUGGUCACAGACGUUCUGACAGGAAGUUGAAUUUGUAGUGUAGUCAUUCUGUGGAUGUGAAUGUCUGUGGGUGUGAGUGAGCGUGUGCAGUAUCCACUCGCUGUUUCAGCCUCAUGUAUCGGUGUUAAAGAACCUGUCCAAUACCUGUGUUAGAAUAAGAUUUACUCUGUAAUGAAGAAAUGUGAAAGUAAAAAUAAUAUGCCAUAUAUCCGA